AUGCCCUCGAAAUCCAAGAAACCCGAUCCAAAACCUCAACCUAAAACCACGACCCCAAAUUGGCCUCCCCUCCGUCCUCUCCUCCCCGCCGCCGACCUAACACUGACACCCAUCCUCACCGACCAAAUCUACCUAAUUCGCAACUUCCUCCCAGGCACCCUCUGCAAAACCUACACCUCAUUCCUCGCUUCGCUACCGUUGACGACCACACCGGGAAAACCAAAGAAAGACGAGGCGUUGCGGGUCAACGACCGCUUCCAAAUCGACGAUGCACGGUUUGCGGAGAUGCUAUGGAGCACGACAGCGCUGAAAGAGCUAGUCACAACGCGAUUCGAAGAAGACGACUACGAAGAUCCAGAUGAGAAUAACAGCAAUCCAUCUGAUCUUGCUGAACGAGCGCGCCAACUCUGGGGCGGAGACCCGUUGGGCUUGAAUCCUAAUAUUCGCAUCUAUCGAUAUUCGGCGGGGCAGUUCUUUGGUCAGCACUACGAUGAUGCCAACAACGUCACCCUCCCCCCGCCGAACUCACGCUCGAAAGCAACACCCGCGCGCACAACAUGGACUCUCCUAGUCUAUCUGACCUCCUGUAGCGGCGGCGAAACCAUCUUCUACCCGGAUGCGACGCGGGAGAACCGUAACCCGGAGCCGAUAGCCGUUGCGCCGGAGGUUGGGAUGGCAUUGUUGCACCGACAUGGAGAUCAUUGCAUGAUUCACGAGGGGGCUGAGGUCACCGGUGGGGAGAAGUGGGUUUUGAGAAGUGACUUGGUAGUUCCGCGGUGA